UCGUCGCUCCUUCGCAUCCAUCUGCAGUCUCCCCAGACGCAGCCCGCAGCCCAUGCGUCCGCUUCGGCUCUCCUCCUCCGACUCUGACUCCCCGCCGCAUAGUCCCACCCCCGCCCGGUCUCUGUUUGUGAGGGCGGGGCGUCUGGGCUAUCUUGGCCCCUCCCUCUGGCAGCCACGCUCCCGCUCUCCUUCGCCAGUCCUGCAUUCGCCCAUACCAAACCGACGGCUCUUCGUCCCCGAGUCCGAUCUCGAGUCUGACGGCCCAGCAGAUCUUGAAGCGGACUUGGCUGUCUCGCCUCAGCGCGACCCCAGUCCCAUCUUGUCGCCCAGUCGAAUAGCCAAGUCCAUGGUGGUCGUAUCGGACUCAGAAGACGAAUACCAACCACCACCGCCGCCGCCGCCACUAGCCGCCCCAGCCCAGACAGGAAAUCAGUCAACCGUCAUCGAUUUGGGUCUCUCUGAAGAUGACAACUCGGACUUUGAGGGCAAUAUCCAGAUCGUCAUUCCGCUCAAGCGAAGCCCAUGGAAACGCAAACGUUCUACCGGACUCUCGGCUGAGACGGGCGGCCCAAUGCCGCCUCCGCCACAGAGCCCGGAGAUCCAGUCCCUGUCUGAUUCGCAUGAUAGCGGCCCCAAACAACUGUCGCCAAGCUCCCCACCCUGCAACCUUCAUCCGCCCAUCCGAUCGCCGGCAGCUCCCCCCGGAUCGGCCAAGCGGCACAAGCGCUAUGUGGUCACGUCGGACUCUGAAUCCCGGUCCGACAGCGGCCCCCAGAUUCCCAGCAGAUCCUCGCGCACACGGCCCAAACCAUCGAGCACCAACAGCGCAAAAAGUCAGAUGAUACUCAGCCCUCGUCGCUUGCGGCAUCAGGAUCUGUCAGACGAUGGAAUCGACAGCGGAGCCAACUCCUCCAACGAGCAGCCGCCGGGCUCGCAGUCCCCGCAGUCGUCGCCGAGACAGACACGCUACUUUACACGUUCGCAUCAGGUUGAUCCUAGCGGGCAGCAAGGCGACAGUGCCGUUGUAGAUCUGGAUGCCGAUGGCGAUGCCGAAGACGAUAGCGAAGACGAGCCAAUGGCUGACGCUCGUAAAGGCAGCCGACGUCGCCGCAAAGUCCGGAACCACGAUGGCAGUUCGGAUGAUGACGAGCCUGUCAUUGACUUUGCCCGACCAAUCGUCGACUCUGACAGCGACCCCGACUCAAACUACGGGAAGUACUACUGCACUCUGUGCGAAGAGCUCCUUCCUGCCGACAGCUUCAGCGCCCAGCAGCUGGCACUGGCUAUAGGCAGAGAUCCGGACGCAUACUGCCUGAAGCAUCACAUGUCCAAGACCCCGGUCCAGUAUCGUCAGAAGCCUCACCAAUCGUUCCUGGACUACAUCGACUCGAUACAGAUACCCUCGCGUGCAAGCAUCUCCACAGCAGUGUCUGAGGAGCACGGCCGCUCCCAGACGGUGGACCUAGACGAUGCCUACAACGUCGACGACGAGCUUGGGGAUCAGAGCUCCGAUUCCGAGGUCCUUGAGGACCUCUCGUCGAUCAUGCAUUUUGGGAAAUAUCCCAACUGCACCUACGGGUGGGUCUAUGAACACGACCGGCCGUACUGUGAGUGGGUGCUGAAGAUCGCCUCGCCGCAGUGUCCUUACACUCGGGCCUUCCAGAAGUGGUAUCGGAGCAUGGAAGCCGAGUCGGCGUUUGUGGUGUCGGACUGACCAGCAGAGUCGGCCGCUUGACUGUAUGGGCUUCCAUAGCUACACUUUAUUCAGAAAAAAACGGGACAAUAUAGCCGUUUCCAUGAACAUGUAGUAUGUGCUGUGC